AUGGCGGUCGUGGAAAAACCCAAAAUCUCCCUCCAAAGCGUGGGCCAAUCCUCAGGCCUUCCUUCCCCCAGCACGCAAAAGUGGCAGGGAAAAGCCAACGCCGGUCUUCUCCUGCCGUUCCCUCCCAUUUCCUUUCUUCCUUUUUGUUUAAACAAUUCGUGCUCGAAAUCCAAAUUCAACCUUCCUCCUCCCUGAGUCUCCUCCCCCUUAUAUAACAACCCCCAUAAGCUUGGAGGCCUCGCCAUGGCAUUCUCGCCCCCCUCUGGCGCCGACCCACCUUUCCUUUACCGGCUCUCGCGGUCAAAGCUGCGAUCUUUCUCGCUCCCUCCAUGGCCUCCUUCGACCCCUCGACCCCUCUCCCCUCGCCCGCAUCUGGGUCUGCUCCGGUCCGGGCGCAUGUCGCCGCCAGCGGCGAGGUCCACGUCAUCGUCGGCCCCAUGUUCGCCGGCAAGACCACCGCCCUCCUCCGCCGCAUCACGUCCGAGCUCGCCAGCGGCAGGAACGUGGCUAUAAUUAAGUCGAGCAAGGACACGAGGUAUGCGACUGAUUCGGUGGUGACCCAUGACGGAAUGAAGUUUCCGUGCUGGGUUUUGUCGGAUCUGUCGUCGUUUAGACAGGAGUUCGGAGAUGACGAUGCCUAUGAGAAGCUUGAUGUGAUUGGCAUUGAUGAAGCUCAAUUCUUCGAAGACCUUUAUGAUUUCUGCAGCACAAUUGCUGAUCGUGACAGGAAAAUUGUCGUUGUUGCAGGCCUUGAUGGCGAUUACUUAAGAAGGAGUUUUGGUUCUGUUCUUGAUGUAAUACCGCUUGCUGAUACUGUGACCAAGUUGACAGCUCGAUGUGAAAUUUGUGGUGGGAAGGCCUUCUUUACAUUGAGGAAGACACAGGAGACACGGACUGAACUGAUUGGUGGGGCUGACAUCUACAUGCCAGUUUGCCGUCAACACUAUGUCAACGGACAAACUGAUGCAGAAGCUGCAGGAAUCCUAAUGAAUUCUAGACUUAGGACUGAUUUCUUUCUUGAGGCAGCUUCAGAGGUUUAGUCACAUGUAAAUUGCUACCCUGUAAAUCAUUAAUACGGAUUAUUACCUAUAACAUCCGGUGUUGUGAGCUCUAUGAAAGGAAUAAUCUAGGUCCUUUCUGUUUCUUUCCUUACUUUCCAAUGUCAUAAUCAUUCCUUUAGUGUAUCUGUAAUUAAUCAUAGUAUACAAUCAUGUGCCUUUUGGCAUUAACAUUUAAUUUGAUAUUGUUGGAGCAA